AUGACUCAACGACCGACGUCCGACACGUCAGUUACGGUUUCAAGACAACAUCUACCGCAGCAGCAGCAAGAGCAGCAGCAGCAGCAGCGGCGGCUGCUUCAAGAAAUGGCUAUGGCCUACUACGCUCAAAGCUUUCUUCAACAACAACAACAACAACAGCAACAAAAUCUCGCCCAGCAGCUAUAUCUCCAUCAACAUUCCAGUACUUUAGCACCCUCGCAACAGACUCGCGGCGCCUUGCUGACUCGGUCAGUUUUCCCGCAAAUUGAACCCAUGGCCCAUAUUCCACAACAAUUUCUAUCCUUUGUAUGUGCCCUUGGCUUCAACGUGGGUGCUGCCACCUCGGGUGCCAUCGGUGGCGCUGGAUCUGUUUCCCAGGUUGCAUCGGCCAACCCAGAGCACAUGCUGCACAGUCUGCGUCUCUCAGCAGUGCAGGCGGCCUGCUUCGGCGAUACGAUGAUGCACAACUCCCAACAGUGA